CCAUCCUUUUCCAUGCUCCACCACGAUAAACACAGAACCAUAAAGUGUGAAGUCUAAGUAAGGAAAUGGCGAUCAAAGGUCUUAAGUUCUCCCUAGCCGUUGUGCUGCUUACUUCCCUGGUGGUGCUGAGUGCUCUGAGCGCGGCAACAGCUAAGACAGACCCGGAGCUGAAGCAGUGCCAGCACCAGUGCAAGCACCAGGAGCGGUUCAUGGAGCGGCAACAGGAGCAGUGCGAGCAGCGGUGCGGGGACUACUACAGGCAGAAGGAACGCGAGAGAGACAGUGAAGAGGGUGGCAGCAGCAGUGGGCGAGGCAAGGAGUCCAGCAGGGGAGACGAGCGCAAGCAGCUGAGAGAGUGCCAGAGGCAAUGCGAGAGGCAGCAGGGCUCGUCCCAGCAGAAGCAAGCCUGCCGAAAUCAGUGCCAAAAGAGGUUUGGGGAGAAGGAAACUGAUCCCUGGAGCCGAGAAGUGGAGAAGAGAGAAAUCGGCAACCGGAGAGAGGAGGAGCAGGAGGAAGAGAGUUGGGAAGAGGAGCAGGAGGAGGAGAUUUCCGAGGAGAACAAUCCUUAUGUCUUCCAGCAAGAGCACUUCAGCCUCAAAGUCCACACCGAGCAUGGAAGAGUGAGACUGCUCCCUCGUUUCACCAAGAGGUCGAAGCUUCUGCGCGGGAUAGAGAACUACCGCCUGGGAGUCCUCGAAGCAAAUCCCCAGACUUUCGUUGUCCCAAACCACUGGGAUGCUGACGGAGUCCUCUUCGUAAUAUCUGGUAGGGGGACACUAACCAUGGUUCAGGAGAACAAGCGAAACAGUAUCAAUGUUGGAAAAGGCGACAUCAUUCGGGUCCCUGCAGGCACGCCAGUUUACCUGGCCAAUCGGGAUGAGAAUGAACAGCUCCACAUUGCCAACUUCCUCCAGCCCGUAAACACUCCUGGUCAAUUCGAGGUAUAUCAUGCCACGGGAGGUAAGAAUCCCGAAGCGUUCUACACUGCCUUCAGUUGGGAGGUCCUGGAAGCGGCUUUCAAGACCGGGAGAGACAAGCUGGAGAGGAUGUUUAGACAACAGCAGCAAGGCGCCAUCGUCAAGGCUUCCAAAGAGCAGAUCGAGGCAAUGAGCCAGGCCGAUGAGGAAGGGAGUCAUUGGCCUUUCGGAGGUGAUGAGGAAUUAGGGAGACUCUGGCCAACAAGAGGCUCGAGAGGCUCUCACUCCUACUCCUUCAAUAUCUUCAACAAACGUCCUUCUGAAUCUAAUCAGUAUGGUCAACUAUACGAAGUGGAUCAAGACGACUUCAAACAUCUCAAGGACCUUGAUCUCAUGGUUUCUUUCGCCAACAUAACUCGGGGAUCAAUGACGACACUUUACUACAACUCGAGGGCGACAAAGAUAGCCAUGGUGGUUGAUGGAGAAGGGUGGCUCGAGAUGGCAUGUCCCCAUCUGUCCUCAAGGCAGCAAGGCCGAAGGCAUUCGACACGGGGGCAGAGGAGGACAGGCAGUCCGACAACCUACCAGAAAGUGCAGGCACGGCUCAACCGUGGCACCGUGUUUAUCGUCCCGGCAGGUCAUCCAGCUACUUCUAUUGCUUCUAGAAAUAGCAAUCUGCAGGUCGUCUGCUUCGAGGUUAAUGCAAAGAACAAUGUCAGAUACACGCUCGCAGGAAGGAGGAACAUAGUAGGGCAGAUGCAUAGGGAAGCGAAAGAGCUGGCAUUUAAUUUCCCGGCUAGGGACAUCGAUAGGAUCUUCAAGAACCAGGAUGAGGAGUUCUUCUUCCCGGGACCGGCCCGCCAAGAAGAAGUUAUACGGCGUUAUGGUGAUGCAUGAGAGCUUCCAAAGUGGCUAUGGCCUCUACAAAUGUAUAUUAGGGGAGAGUGAUCCAUGUACAUAAGCACGGGAUGUAAUGCCUAUGUUAAUAUGACCAUGCAGAAGAGCUAACAUAAAUAAAACAUGUGCACUGACAUCGUAAAAGUCCGUUUCUUUC